AUGUCAAGAUCGCAUGACCGAAACGGUAUCACGACUAACGCGUGGCAGAUAUACUAUCGAAAGUAGCUGAACCUCCUAUCAAUGACAUGGACGAUCCACAGCCUACUCCGCUACAUCUGGCCCCUCCUGGAUUCAGCGGCAGCGAUAGGACCAAGAGUAGGGCGGACGUUACACGAGUCCCUGCGCACCUAUAGGCACAUCAUCCGGCAGGCUAUACCAUCAAUGCCAGGUUUUCCUUGCUGUGCCGUCACCCGUGGUCACCACUUUGGCGGUGACGUCUCAACCGACCCUUCUUCGUUCCCACGAUGGAGUAUCUUCAUCUCCGGGACCGUUGGCGGUGUACAAUCCUAUUCGAGCGGUGACAGGCCUCACGCCAUCGGCCAAUCACAGACAAUUGUUACUUUAUGUGAGCUCGAGCAAGGACUACGAAUGAACUUCACCGGAAGCAGGGUCGCAAAAGCUGUGUUACAUGCUUCUGUAGGGUCUGCUCCCAAGCGGUUGCUCGCAUCUUGCCUCUUUGCAUGCGCAGCACAUCAUGUCACACCCCUGCGCAUGCAGAACAUUCGCCGUUGGCGUCCUUUUUCGAAAAGAGUUUGCACGUAAAAAACCUAUUGUCUGUUCCUGAAGAGACUUGCCUCUUAUGGGACGAUUGCUGUAGUUCGUGAAAGGGGCCUGAACAUAGAUAAUAAAACCUUACAAUGGAGAACUGCUGCCUGACUUGAACGGGGACAAGACCUACAGUGGACCGUUUCCGUCGCAUGUACAGAAGCCGGACAUACACAUCGAACACCGGGACAUUACCGCACAGGCCGAUGGACGUUUCGAUGUUGCAAAUGGCCCAGCAGUAUGCAACUUCCCGCCUACGCUGUGUCAAGCUGGCAAUCGUUGGCUGUAAUGGUCGUACAGAGAGUCACUCCGAAUGCCUGAUGGAGUAGUGUAAUGAGGGUCUGUAGGCUACGUCUCGGCCCGUGAGGCAAUGAUGCAAUGUCGG